CGGUGGCCCCGGCGGGCGCGGGGACCGACCGGGCGCCGCGCUCAACUUCCACUUCUCCUUUCGCCGGCGCCGAGGUCCGGGCGCCACUCGCCCGGCCCGGCUUCCGAGGGGAGAAGGCGGGCUGGCCGGGCUGGGGACGCGCGUCUCGGCCCUCUGAGCGGGGAGGGGACCGCCGCCAUCGACCUCGGCCUCAGGUCGCUCCUGCACUUGGCCCAGCCCAGCAUGCAGCCUUGAACCUGGCUUAGGCCUCCACCUACUCCAGCUCUCUACGCCCCCUAUUUUACUGUGGCUCAGGGUGUACGCUCUAGGCUCCAAGGUACCUGAACAGCAUCUUUUCAUCAAGGAAACCCCACGGCUCCAGAGGGCCCUGCGGAUACCGCAGUCAGCUCUCUGAGAAGACAGCAUGGCUAUUACCCUGCAGCCCAGUGACCUGAUCUUUGAGUUUGCAAGCAACGGAAUGGAUGACAUUCACCAGCUAGAAGACCCCUCAGUGUUCCCAGCUGUGAUCGUGGAGCAGGUCCCCUACCCCGAAUUACUGCAUCUGUACUCAGGCCUGGAGCUGGACGACGUUCACAAUGGCAUCAUAACAGACGGGACCUUGUGCAUGACGCAGGAUCAGAUCCUGGAGGGCAGUUUUUUGCUGGCAGAUGACAAUGAAGCAACCUCGCAAACCACGUCAACCACUGAAGUCCUGCUCGACGCCGAGUCUCCCAAUGACAUCCUGGAUGAGAAGCAGAUCUUCAGCACGUCCGAAAUGCUUCCAGACCCAGACCCUGCUCCAGCCGUCUCUCUGCCCAACUACCUGUUUCCUGUUUCUGAGCCUGGCGCCCUGAACAGGGCUGGUGACCCUGGUGACCAGGAGGAGCACUGCUUGGAGGAGAAGGUCCCCAGAGAAGAAAGUGCCAAGAAGACUGGAAAAUCAAAGAAGAGAAUCCGGAAGACCAAGGGCAACCGCAGUACCUCACCCGUCACUGACCCCAGCAUCCCCAUUCGGAAGAAAUCGAAGGAUGGCAAAGGCAGCACCAUCUACCUGUGGGAGUUCCUCCUUGCACUUCUGCAAGACCGGAACACCUGCCCCAAGUACAUCAAGUGGACCCAGCGAGAGAAAGGCAUCUUCAAGCUGGUGGAUUCCAAAGCGGUGUCCAAGCUGUGGGGGAAGCAGAAGAACAAGCCUGACAUGAACUAUGAGACGAUGGGGCGGGCGCUAAGAUAUUACUACCAAAGAGGCAUCCUUGCCAAAGUGGAAGGGCAGAGGCUGGUGUACCAGUUUAAGGAGAUGCCCAAGGACCUGGUGGUGAUUGAAGACGAGGAUGAGAGAAGCGAAGUCACAGCCGCAUCCCCUCAGGCCUCCACUGCCUCCACCUCCUCCAGCGGCAGCACCCGGCGAGCCAGCUCCAGGGUCUCAUCCAGAGCUGCCCCGCAGGGCAAGGGCAGCACUUCCUGGGAAAAGCCAAAGGUUCAGCACGUUGGUCUCCAGCCAUCUGCGAGUCUGGAAUUGGGACUGUCUCUAGACGAGGAGAUCCCCACUACCUCCACCGUGCUUGUCUCUCCACCAGAGAGCCAGGCCAAACUCACCAAAGCUGUGAGUACCUCUUCAGUGCCCAACAACAUCCACCUAGGAGUGGCCCCUGUCGGGUCAGGCUCGGCCUUGACCCUGCAGACCAUCCCACUGACCACAGUGCUGACCAACGGGCCUCCUGCCAGUACUACUGCUUCAACCCAGCUCGUUCUCCAGAGUGUUCCGCCUGCUUCGACCUUCAAGGACACCUUCACUUUGCAGGCCUCCUUCCCGCUGAACACCAGUUUCCAAGAGAACCAGGUGGCAGCACCAGGGGCUCCGCUGAUUCUCAGUGGCCUCCCCCAACUUCUGGCCGGGGCCAACCGUCCAACCAACCCAGCACCACCCUCGGUCACAGGGGCUGGCCCAGCAGGGCCUAGCUCUCAGCCCCCUGGGACUGUCAUUGCGGCCUUCAUCAGGACUUCCGGUGCCACAGCAGCCCCUGGGGUCAAGGAGGGGCCGCUGAGGCCCUCCUCCUAUGUGCAGGGCAUGAUGACUGGGGCCCCCAUGGAGGGGCUGCUGGUUCCUGAAGAGACCCUGAGAGAGCUCCUGAGGGAUCAGGCUCACCUUCAGCCACUUCCAACCCAGGUAGUUUCAAGGGGUUCCCACAAUCCGAGCCUUCUGGGAAACCAGACUUUCUCUCCUCCCAGCCGCCCCACUGUUGGGCUGACCCCGGUGGCUGAACUUGAGCUCUCCUCGGGCUCAGGGUCCCUGUUUAUGGCUGAGCCUAGUGUGACCACAUCUGGGAACCUGCUGACCAGAUCCCCAACCCCAGCCCCCUUCUCCCCAUUCAACCCCACUUCUCUCAUUAAGAUGGAGCCCCAUGACAUGUAAAUGGAGGCGGGGGGAGUGUGACCCACCAGGCAAAGUUGAGCAACAUUUGUAUACGGACUUCCUCUAAGAGAGACUGACUGAAGUAGCGUACCGGCCCUUACAUUUCAGUGGGGUGUCAAUACACCAGACCCCCGUGCCCCACCCCUGCCUGGCGUCACCAUGGCCAGCACAGGCCCAUUUGGAGUAUCCCUGGCGUCAGGCCAUGGCUUUCAAGAGCACUGGGGGAUAUGCUCUUGUCGGGGUAAUGGGCUGACUUGGUGAUGGAGGGCAAACCUCCUGAGACAUUUGUAACCAGGGCUGGGGUAGGGGCUUCACGAGAAGAGUCUUUUCGCCUGGUUGUAUUUCACCAUCUUCAUCCCGCCACAGAGUAUUUACUAUCCCGUAUGUGAAUAUCUCUGUAUGUAUUUGUGUGUACUUGUGGGUCUGUAUCUCUGUUUCUUUGGGGAGGAUGGGGGUGUAGCUGUGAGGUCUUCAAGGGUGUGUGUCUCUCUGGGGUCAGCCACAGAGAUGGGGAAUUUUCUGUUUUAAGGGAAAGCAUUCUCUAGAUCCCUUUGUACAAACCAAGAUUUGGUUGCUCUGAGACUAUGGGGUACAAGUUGGAGCCCCCAAAUCUGGAGGGAUGUCACAGAGCUGGAGCAGGUCCAGGGGAGGAGACCUUCAAUGGGUAUGUGUGUUGGGGAAGUCGUAGUUCUAGGGGACAAGGAGAGAGCCACAUGGCAUAAAACCAUGAAGAGAGGGAAGGAAUUCAGCCCCGGGGAGCAGCCCCCGCAGGCUAGACUGACAUUUUCUUCCUGGGGUCAGCCGCAUUGCCCACCAGUCAUUUGCCAGCAGGCCGGAACCUUAAUCUCCCCAGAGUGCUUUGCUGAAGUGCCCCUCCAGGACCAAACUCAGCCACAAAGUCCCCAGGGGGAGGGGAGCUAAAUUACUUGGAUGUUUGCACCAAGGGCUCGGGCUGUGAUAUCAGCCUUCACAGGCGCCCUGCUCUGCACCCCAGAUCCUGGCUUCCCUCUUGAUUAAUUUCCCCCCUGCAAUUUCCCUGCCGGCAGGCGGUGACAGGGGCAGAGGGAGAGGGAGAGGGAGAGUCCGGUAGCGAUGUGCUUUGGGUCCGCCUCCGUCCCUGCUUGUGCCUACUUGCUGCUCAGCCUGCUUUCUACUCCCCUCACAGGUCUGCCCACCCACCCACUCCCGCGACGGCUGCAGCAGACCUCCUCCAGUGGGCUGCGGCCCCUGAUCGCCAGCUUUCUCGCCUCACCCUGAUUCCUCCUCCACGAAGACGGGAGCCAGCAGAUGUGAGCUCCCUGUCGCUCCUGUUGCUCCACGUGCCUUGCUUCCAUCUUUCCUCUUUCUGAGAAGGGGUCAGCCAAUUCUCUCUUAAAGUCAACCCCUCGGCCCAGGGCCUCGAUCCCCUCCCCUCUCUCUUCUGUGAAUUUGCUUUCCCCUCUCCUGCCAAGUUUGGGAGCAGGCCUUUAAGAGCUCUAACGUGUCAGCCUUGGAAACAGUGAUGUUAUCUGGUGAGUUUGGUUAAUGUGAAUCAGUGCCUCAGGACCUUUGCUAUGUCCUUGGCACAAAACGAGCCACUUGACCUAACUACCUCCCCUGGUUGCCCUUCUCUGUCCUGGUCACUGCCAAGCCCAUUAUGGUCCUCUUGUUCUCCCUCUUCUCCCCCCAGGAAGGAAGCAUAUAUGGUUGUGCAGGCGUAUUUCUUACACUUCUCCAGCACUUGGCAUUAACGUGCCUUUUUCUAAUAAAAUCAGUUUAUUAUGACAAUUUCCUGGUGGUGGAAAGUAAAGCAUCUCGAGAGAGGGUCACCUUUAAAAAACAUUUUGGCACAAAAGGCGCCACAUGGCUUAGGAGUGGCCCUGCCCCCCUCACCCCAACCCCAUAGAACUCUGAAGGUCACUGAUACCUUCAUGGUGACAUUGAAUGUCUUCUUCAUAGUUCUUGGCUCCCCUGAGCCCUCACAGCACAUGACACUACUUCCCAUCCCCUCCGGCACUAGCUGGGCUCAUCUGCGUCCUCCGUCACCCCCCCCCCCAUGCCCAUGCUGGCUCCACAUCUACCACUUUAAAUGUGGGUGCCCCCAAGGGCCUCAUCCAUCCUCCUGACUCGAGCGAGGCUCUUCGGGUUGGGUCUGAAAUCUAGAGCUCCAGCCCCCACUCUUCUCCUCAGCCUCUGGCCCACAUUUCUAGCCAUCUGCUGGAUAUUUCUACCUAGAUGCCUGUCAGUCCCUCAAAGAGGGCCCCUCUAUCAAAAACGAAUUUUUGAAAGUCCUCCACACACACAAAACCUGUCCAAACAAAAAGGCCAUCAUAACUUUAUUUUUCUUAACGGUGCCACCAUUUUCCUGACUAAGCUUGACAUUUCAGAGCCACCUGAUGGCUGCGUUCAGUUGACCCUGUCCCCUUCUCAUUUCCUGAAGUCCAGUGCAGUUUGCCAUGCCUCUCAAAUCUGGUCGUUCUUCCACAUUCCCAGAACCUCCAGCCUAGCUCAAACUCACCCAUAGCUUAUCCCCCUCCUCGGACAUAUCAGCCCAUCAGGGGGAUCUGACUCGCCCCCUGCAAUCUGCCAAGGCACCAAUUCUGUUCUUCCUCUGUCAGAAAGCCUCCAUUACUCCUCACUGCCUACAGGUAGGGGUGCUACUCAAAAUACUUAAUCUCCAAUCUGUUCUUAGCAGCUGGGCAUUAACCCUUUAUUUUCUGAAUCAUGAGGCAGUCCAGGGGUCCUGGAGGAGGGGUGGGUGAGCACUUGAGGGCUCAGGACAGUUGUUCCAGAAAUAUUUUGCACUCAGCAUCAGCCCUGUCUUCACCAUCAGGGCCUCACUGACUUCCCCCAGUCAGCUCACAUCGCUCCCCAACCCCAUGUACUGCUUCAGUCAAACGAAUGGAUUCACCGGCCUUUGAAUGUGCCUCUGUUGGAGUUUCCGACGUCUGUGCUUUUACUUUACUUGCUUCUGCUCAGCCAGAAUGCUCCUCCCACCUGCCUAGUACCAAUUAAAUUCUGUCCAUCCUUCAAGUCUCAGUUCAUGGAGGCUGCCUCCCCAGACCAGCCUAUCCUUGAGUUCAUUUUAAAUUUGUUGCAAUUGCCGUUCUUUUGGCAACUGCUUGUGAGCAGCCUGUGACAUCUCCUCUAUAAUAAUCACAAACUGUUACUUAAAUCUUCAGUGACCUGGACCUAUUUAGUCUCCCCAAUUAGUGUGUUACCUUCUGAGGGGUGGGGGACUGUAUCACCCAAAGAGCAGGGCACACUACGAAGCAUCUAGUGAGCAUCAGCAGACAGUUACUGAUUGAGCUAGUGAGAGAUGGGGACCAAAGUUUGAGGUAGGUGACCUCCGACCUCCUCUGCACAGGCACUCACGCCAGGUGCUCCACUGCCCAGGGCCUGCCCUCCCUGGCUCAGUGCCCUCAUGGUACCCCCACCCCACCCCCUAGCCUUAGCACCCAAGAGUUGUUACUACUUUGAACAUCCCCUGCCCCUAAAGAAACUUCCCUGUCCAGUUUCUUUCCUACUCAAAGUGUUAAAUUAGCUAAUCUGAUAAACUAACCUGUGCUGAUAUAGUUAUGGGAGAGGGCUAGAGGAGAGCCUCAGGAGGCAGGUUCAUUUCAACCAGGGUCAUGUGGCAAUGACAUCCCGGCCUUUGCAAUGGUUUAAUAGAGUCAGAAGACUUGCUCCUCACCCCCAGCAGCUGAUGCAUUACUCCCUCCUCUGAGCUCUCACAGCACUUUGUAUAUACCUCUUAUUGUAGCACUUAGCACAUGGUAGCUCCUUAGCUAUGUGUUUAUGUAUGUUUCCCCUCCGAUAGACUGUGAGCUCCUCAAGGACAGGGACUGUGUGUUAGUCACUGAUGUAUCCCCAGCGCCUAGCACAGUGCCUGGCACACAGUAGGUGCUCAA